AUGCAUCUUACCGCUACUCUGUCAUUAUACAGUCUUCUUACUCUGGCUACACCCGUCCUCUGCGCCCUUCCAUCAAACUGCACCUCCAUCUCAGAUUUCAUCCCCAGCAAACUCGACACCACCUUGCAGGCGUUUGACGAACGCGUCUGCAAGAAAGGCUGUACUGUAACAAUGCCGCAGUUUGAAAAAUGGAUCAACAGCAAAAUAGUCAGCCAGAUCGUCACGACCAGCAUGAAUGAAAUGGGUCUGUCUGGCUUUCCCACUAUUGCGGACAGUAUCUCCGGAGAUAUAACCAAGACGAUUGAAAAUAAGUGUGCUGUGGACGGAGGGGAGACCAAUCUAUGCCAGGAUCAGAAGGCAAUGCAGGCUGUCGGGACUUGCUUGAAAGAGAAUAUGAUGCCUGUAGUCCUGGGUGAGAUGGAACAGCUCUCGGCGUUUAUCACAAAGGAUAUGUGCGACAAGAUGAAUGCGUAUCUCAAGGGGCCGGAGCUUUGGGAAAAUGUCAUUCCUCGGGAGUUGGAUAACUAUGCGUCUACCUGUGACAAGAAUUGA